UCGGCAUAGUUGAAUUUCAAACAGCAAGCACUAACAAAGCGUUGAAGAAGCGCACAAAAAAACCUCAAACAAAAUCUGAAACUACUUUUUUUUUUUAUUAAGAACAAAGCGAAAAAACUGUUUUUAAAUUUUUCUAUUACUGUGAAGUGAAUAARCUARAUACAAAAAUAGAAAUGUCAUCUCUACCRUUGAUCUUGAGCUUGGCUGAUGAUUUGAGCCGCUUGACUCCAUUCUACGAACCGGUGUUCUACACUCGUUGGCCCGCCGUUACCACUUCGCCCAAUGGCCGUUUGCGAAAAUUUGAAAAGGAYUUACCCGUWGCAACUGUGGGAAAAGAUGGUUUCCAAGCCAGUAUGGAUGUACAACAGUUCAAGCCCAGUGAGUUGAGCGUGAAAGUGGUCGAUGAUCACAUCGUGGUCGAGGGUAAACACGAGGAGCGUGAAGAUGAUCAUGGUUACAUCGCACGACACUUUGUUCGUCGUUAUGCUUUACCAAAAGGAUUUCAGGCCGAUAAAGURGUUUCCACACUGUCUUCGGAUGGCGUGUUAACAGUUAAUGUGCCAAAGCCGGCAAUCGAGGAUAAGUCCAAUGAGCGUGUGAUCCAAAUUCAGCAAACUGGACCAGCUCAUUUGAAUGUAAAGGAUAAUCCUGAGGAGGCUACCAAAGAAGAGAAAGCAAAAGCGUGAUUCCUACAUAUAUCAUUUACUUAAUUCAUAAGCAUUGUAUAAAAGUAUUCAUUUGGUUCAUUAUUAAAUAUUUGGUAAUUAAGAAAUAAGUCUGAAAUUUAGGUUUUUGUUGCGUUUAAAAACUAAAUUAAAAAUAAAACAAUUGUUUCAAUUAAAGCUA